CACAAGAUCAGCAAUUAAACCUGUUGUAGUUGCCCGACACUCAUGCUCCGGAAUUAUUCGAAGUGCAAAUAUUGAUAAAGUCGAUGAUGAAAGCGAAUUUUUCUUUUUCCGUACUAUGCUCACGACAGCGACCGCAACAAAGUAUCAAUCUUUUACAAUAAGUGAUUCUGAUUAUCUUCGUGCUACACAUGUUUCAUCCAUCAUGGAGCUCGUCCUGGCUUUAGAACAAAGCGGUGAAGAUACUCUUGUUGCCCUUCUUUUCGCACAGUAGCUCUAGCUUCCAAGAAGUUUUAGAGCGACGACGACAUGAAUCAGACCUAAUCUCGUUUUAUCUUCCCUUAUUUGAGUUAUUCCCCCAAGAACAAUUAGCGACACGUACACCUCCUACACGAUCAACAAGAAAUGUUCGGUCCCGCCCCGCCCUACCCGCCUGCGAAUGGGCAGCACCACAUGAUCGGUGGCACGAAGAAGGUUUACUCCGCCGUGGACUUGUUGAAGUCGAACGACGAGCUCCUUGCGGAACAGAAUCGAGAGGAGGACGCGUAUAAAGCCUCCGUGUGGGACAGGAUACUGAAGAACAAAAAACGGUCCCUUCAGCUCUUCGGCCCGGAAAACAUUGAUCCCGAGCCGCUGGACACGGUGGAUGUGCCAAAGUGGAAGGCCUUGAAGCUGGAUUUCAAGAGAUCAAACGAGUAUGGGUUGAUCGAAGAGAAGGUCGGGGUGAGGAGAGGUAUAAUUCAUUGGUGUUGAUGAAUGCGAUAUUUUUAUCGCUGUAUUUUUAUCCUAAUGUUGCUUUCUGUUACUGUGCUUGUCGAUGCCAUACUACAAAAGCAGGCUUCUACUCUAUUGUUUGCGUCUGUUCAUUUGAUACAGAUUUUACCAUUGUAUGAGGAGACCACGAUCACCAAAUCUCAACAAACCACUCACCCAGGCGGCGCCGGUAUCCCGGCCAUGCAAGCUUCCCUGACCGCCAUCGAGGGUCCCGCCGGUAUGCUUGCCCUGGAAUUCGGUGGCGCCACCGCGAGCAGCAGGAACAUUGAUCAGAAAACCACGCGUGUCAUCGCCCCGGACGCGAAAACCUCCGAAACCGCACUCGCCAUGCUCCCCCAGCCGGUCAACACCGUCGCGAAUGGACCUUCCAGCAAUAGUAAUCAGCAGCAACUCUCCCUCGCCCACCAGAUGGGCGGGAACGAAGCCGGGCCCGCGAAGCCACAAACUACUCCUGAUGAAUCGACCAAGCAAGCGAAUAAGAUCGUCCACGAUUCGCAAGUGCAACUUUCGAUUUACCGAGAGGGGGAUCAGAUCAUCAACUUGGAAAACCCCGAUCAGCGACUCCGUGCGUUAGAAAAACCGCAGUGGCAUAGGCCCUGGAAGCUACACAAAGUGCUAGCUGGUCACACCGGUUGGGUCCGCUGCGUCGCGGUUGACCCGUCGAAUGAAUGGUUCUGCACGAGUGGGCAAGACCGGCUGAUCAAAUUUUGGGACUUGGCGACGGGAACGUUGAAGUUGACAUUGACCGGGCACAGUUCCUGCGUCCGCGCAUUGGAGAUCUCGAAACACCACCCGUACUUCUACUCGGGAGGGGAGGAUAACGAGGUAUAGAAAAGAUGAGACUUAUUUCAUUGUGGCAAAAAAUUUUUGUCAUGCGCUUUUUGCACAAACGCCGUAAGAGCUCUAUUGCUAUCAUGCAACACAAAUUCACUUGAACAACUCAAUGCGCCUUAUUGCACCACCGCAUGACAGGUUCGCUGUUGGGAUCUGAACACAAACAAAAUCAUUCGAACCUACCACGGCCACCUCCAAGCGGUUUAUUCCCUGAAGCUCCACCCCACCCUGGACAUUCUCGCCUCGGGCGGUCGUGAUGGAACGGUCCGAAUUUGGGAUAUUCGGUCCCGAUCGCAGAUUUUCGCCUUAACCCACGAAGCCGCCGUCCACUGCUUGGCCAGUCAGGCCGCGGAGCCGCAGUUUAUCUCCGGGAGUGCGGAUAACACGGUAUACAUAGUUAGAAAGAUAGUACUAUUGCGCAUGCGCUGUAGUAGAUGUAUUUCACCCUGCAUGAGACGAGGGAAUGCAAACUAUAGAUACCGAUUUCUAAGUAUUUCGAUUUUCUCUUCUACUCGUCCUGCAUCUCUAUUGCGCAACAUCGACCUACUUCACAUGAGCAACAAAUCCUUAUCACAGGUGAAGCUCUGGGACCUUGCGGCCGGUAAAUCCAUGGCGGUUCUGACGAACCACAAAAAGUCCAUUCGCGCCGUCGCGAUCCACCCCAAGGAGUACACCUUUGUCUCCUGCAGUAACGCGCAGAACAAAGUCUGGCGGUGUCCAAAGGGCGUGUUUGAGCGCGACAUCUACGGCCACGACAGCAUCAUCAACGCCUGCGCGAUCCGGGAAAAUGAAGACGGAUCAAGUAUUUUAGUCGGCGGCGGAGACGACGGUUUUCUCCACUUCUGGGACUGGAAAACGGGGUACUUGUUUCAAUCCAUCGAGGGCAAGCCGCAGCCGGGGUCUUUGUCAAGUGAGAACGCGAUCUUCGGGAUGGCGUUUGACCAGUCACAGACCAGAUUAAUAACCGCGGAGUGCGAUAAGACGGUGAAGAUUUACAAACAAGACUUUGACGCGGAUGAAAAGUCGCACCCGAUCGGAAAUUGGCGCGGGUUUCUGUCGAAAAACAGGAAGAGGUGAUAGGACUGAUAAUUAUCCCGGUAUUUCUUGUGAAAGGAAGAGGGAAGAAGUAGAUUGUGCCGUAGAGGACAAACGUGAAUCUAGUAUCCUUUCUCGAACGUUGUGGCUAUUCAAAUCUCACCCAGGCGAGAAAAGUCUGAAAGCGGUAAAUCAAAAA